GCUCCGCUUAUGUCAUAGGUUUGCCUGACCUCUAGCAGCAUGAGUGAGACGGAUUUCUGUCCUUCAGCACUCGGAACCAAGGAGCACUGGGAUGCUGUCUAUAGUCGUGAACUGAAAAGUUUCCAGGAGUACGGUGAUGAAGGGGAGAUCUGGUUUGGUGAAGGUAGCAUGAGUCGAGUGGUUCGAUGGAUAAAUGCCCAGAAAAUACCUCGUAGCUCAUCAAUACUGGAUAUUGGCACUGGGAACGGCAUGUUAUUGGUGGAAUUGGCAAAGGCUGGAUACAGCAAUCUUAUGGGCGUGGACUACUGUGCAGAUGCCAUAGCACUUGCUAGAAGUAUAUGUGAACAAGAAGAGGUUUCCCAGAGUGUAAAUCUACAGGUCACAGAUUUUCUGGGCUCCUUCAGUCCUUCAGAACAGUUUGACAUCUGUCUGGAUAAAGGCACGUUUGAUGCAGUGAGUCUGGAUCCCAGCAACACACAAGGAAAACGUAGUCAGUAUUUAAAUGUGCUUUGUACAGUUUUAAAACCCAAAGGCCUUUUUAUCAUCACAUCCUGCAACUGGACCAAAGAGGAGCUGAUAAAACAGUUUGGCAAAGAGUUUGAAAUAAAAGAUGAACUACCCACACCCUCCUUCAGUUUUGGAGGACAGUCAGGUCACAGCGUUACGGCUCUGGUAUUCCAGAGGAGGGACAACUCUUAAAGGAAACGGAAUAUGUCUUUAUGAGACCGUGAUCAGCCACUGAGUGGGAGACUGAACCUGCACUUAUUUGUUCUGGACUUUGUGAACAUGAGUCUCUAAUACAGAUAUCACACCUGUAGAUUUUUAGUAAAGUAGCUUUUUACAC